AUGGUUAAAUAAAAUUAUUUAGUUAGACCAUAUUUUUACUAAAGCUUUGGUAAACAAAGUCAAACCUAUGAUCUUAUGUUCUUUUGUGAAAUAGGUCCCAGAGCUAGAUCAGAAAUCGUUGAACUUCUUUCCAUGAAAAUCUAUACUGAAAUUGCUAAACUCUUCAUUUCUGAUAUAUGUUUUAAAUAAUAUUUAGAGUGAAUUAAUUUACUUAAAAUGUAAGCUCUAAUUACCAAGAAAUUGUAUAUUGUUGGAAGUAAACUCCCUAGCCUGUAACGACACCUCGCUAAUUGGCCUGAUAUGGCAUCUUGUGGUCUGGCUGUACCCUUUUUUUGUGGUCUGACCAGAAAAUCGUAUAGAUAUCUCUGCUAGUGUUAAAGCUGAAUACAAAUGAGCAAAUCUUGUAUUUUUAUGAGUAUAGGGGCAGGUUUGGUAUAAUCAAGUCAUUUUCGUCCCAACACAUUUUAUCAACCAAGCAAACUUAUGGUAACCAUGAAGUGCGCAGCUGUUUUGUGUACUUCCGGCAAAUAGUUUCCUUGCACAAUCGAAGUUUUCUGUACUGAGCAUGGAGUGAAAGAAACAAGACUCGCCUCAAAAUGAUGGAAUUAAACCUUUCUCGUGUGGAUUACCUGCAGGUGGGUAUCACAUCACCAAAGAGCUUAAAGCUCCUUCCUCCAGCAGGAAAAAAGGAUCCAACACAAAAAGUUGUUGUUGCUGACCAUAAUGGCGUCUUACAGUGCUUUUCUUUAAAGAAAGGGGAGCCUAAUCAUGUAUUUAAGACCCUCCCUGGCAACAAAAUGGUACGAGUGGAACUGGGAGGCCCCCUGGGACAAGUUAGAGAGAAAAUUUUUGUAGCAACUGGCCCAGAGGUCAAAGGGUUCAACAAGAAAGGAAAACAGUUUCUAGGAUUUGAUACAAACAUGUCUGAAAGCAUCUUAGCCAUGCAUGUUGAGGGGGCAGAUCUGUUUGUGAGUGGAAACUACAUUUACAACCAUUAUAAGGAUUGUAAAGAUACCAACUAUUACCUAUGCCAAGACAAAGUCAAUGACAUUAUAGUGUUACCUGUGGAAAGAAUACCAGAAAUAAUGCCUGUAUUGGCCUGUCAGGAUAGGGUACUUCGAGUGUUACAGGACUCUGACAUUUUAUAUGAAGUGGAGACUCCUGGGCCGCCUUCUACACUUUGUAUGUAUGCUGGCACUGGAGGUGAUGAGGGCAAUGAAAUCUUGUAUGGCACAUCAGAUGGAAGGAUAGGAUUGGUGGAGAUUGGGAGAACAAUGGCCAGUCCCAGGAGGAGGCUGGCUCCCUCUCAUAGAUGGGAACUUCCAAAUGAAAAGAGAAAUGGAGGUGUACUUUGUCUGGACAAUUAUGACAUGACAGCAGAUGGCAUCUUGGACUUGGUAGUUGGCAGAGAUGAUGGCUUGGUGGAAAUCUAUGGUUAUGAUGAGGCAGAUGAACCUAUACUGAGACAUACUACAACCUGUAGUGAGAGUGUCACAUCUGUGCAGGGAGGUCGUGUGGCCAAUGGAACCUUCGAUGAAGUUGUGUGUACCACAUACGCAGGAUGGGUCAUUGGUUUGACCACUCACACUAUGACUGAAAAGGCGACUGGACCAGGUGGAGCAAGGGUGGUGGACAGGGAUGUCCAAGCCAAAAUUAUACACCUGAGACAAGAGAUGGAAGCUCUUCAACAGAAGGUUAUCCAGGAGAGAGAAAAAUACCAGGUGACAGCUCAGCACAAGAAUGCCAUAUCAGCUGUCCCACAGUUUAACAUUAAUGACAAGUUUGUGCUGAACAAGGAAGAUGCCAGCUACACUCUCAGUCUUGAAGUUCAAAUGGCAAUUGAUAAUGUUCUCAUACAGAGUGAUGUUCCUGUUGACUUGCUGGAUGUGGAUAAAAACUCGGCUGUAGUUAGCUUCAGUGCCUGUAACCCAGAGGAGGGCAACUACCUGCUCGCCACCUAUCGCUGCCAGGCCAACACAACACGCCUGGAGAUCAAGGUGCGGUCCAUAGAGGGCCAGUAUGGCACCCUGCAGGCCUAUACCACCCCCAGACUACAGCCUAAAACCUGUGUUGUCAAGCAGUACCCCAUCAAGCCACUGUCUCUGCAUCAGAGGACACAUGUCUUUGAUGAAAAUAGACCAAACUGUUCACUGAAACUAAUGGGCAACUUCAGCCUGGCUGAGAUCCACUCCUGGGUGACUUUCUGCCUCCCUGAGCUGCCUGAGAGGACACCUGCUGGGGACACGGCUGUGUUCCACUUUGUCUCCACAUUCCUUGACACACAGCUCAUGUGUCAGUACAAAAAAGGGGAAGGGCUUUUUAAAUCAGACAACAUUUCCACGAUCUCAAUUUUGAAAGAUGUUCUCACAAAGGAAGCCACCAAAAAGAAGAUCAGAUUGGACAUUUCAUAUGACAUCAAUGAAGAGUCUGUGGCUCACUUACUCAAUCUGAUCCACCCUAAACUGGAGUACCAGCUGGUCCUGGCCAAGAAAGUACAGAUUAUUGAUGCACUCAAGGAGUUGCAGGUACAUGAAAGUGACACAUCCUUCCUGUCAGCAGAAUACCAACAAAUUCUUCAAGAUGCUGAAAAGCUUCAGGAAGAAUAUAAAAAGCAACCUUGCUGUCUUGAGAGGCUCUAUGGUAUGAUCACAGAUCUGUUCAUUGACAAGUUCAAAUUCAAGGGGCAGAAUGUGAAGAGCAAAGUACCUCUCCUGAUAGAACACUUAGAUAACUAUGACCUGGGGCAGCUAAUACAGUUUUUCAAUGCAUCUGGAUAGGCAGAGACUAGGAAACAAGCAAAAUUUAUCACUUCAGAAUUUUUUUCUACUGAACUUGAGCAGCCCAGGCUUGUAUUGACCGUUUGCAAAUUUAUUGAAAACAAAUUUUAUUAAUUUGGAUCAUAAUUAUGUUAACAAAUUAUUUGCUCUUGGUUGUAACUUUCUAUGUGCUGCUGUUCUGUGAUGGUGUAGAAAAAAGUGGGGCUGUUCCUACAGGUACUGCAGGCGAGGACGAUAUACUCUGUUGCAUU